AUGCUUCUCAAAAUCUCCCUUUUAAUCGUUACACUGUGGAUUCAUGGGGCCGUGAGCGAUUAUACCUGUAAUACCCAGUUUACAAUCGACGCAAACAAUAAUGGAAUAUGCAAGGGUCAGUUCGUAGACCAAACAGCACACGAGUAUUCAUGCGUACGCUCAAGCUGUGCAGAUCAAAACCGGAAUUACAGUCCGAUGUCUGGCUGCAAGGGAAAUGGAUCGAGUAAUCAGAACUGUGCUCAAUAUACUUACAACAAAAGCGCGGAUGACUAUACUUGUAUCAAUCUCCAGAAAACUGCUUUUACAUGCCCUGAUACUCCUGCUAAUGUGCCCGCCAUGACAUGCACGAGUUGCACCAAGGUAAAUUAA